AGAGAGAAUAUUCAGUCUCUCUUUUCCUCUCUCUCACAGAUAACAGCGUUUGAUGAGCUCCAGGCAGACUUCAAGGUGCCGAUCGAUCAGGGUAAUCCACUCCAUGCGAGGGAGAGACUGCGGAAUAUCGAGAGGAUCUGCAACCUGCUGAGGAAGUUGGUGCUACCAGAGUACUCAAUUCAUGGACUCUUCUGCAUCAUGUUCCUGUGUGCCCAGGAGUGGCUGACCGUGGGCCUCAACAUCCCCCUGCUCUUCUACAACACAUGGAGUAGGUACUUUCACUCCCCAACGGACACUAAGGAGCUGCUCUACGACCCGGCGUCCGUGAUGAACGGCGAGACGCUCAAGUUCUGCCUGAAGGAGGCCUGGUGCAAGCUGUCCUUCUUCGUCCUCUCCUUCUUCUACUAUCUCUACUGUGUUUGGAACCUGGAUAUAUCCCUCUAAUAGGUCUUAUCAAUGGGAACACUUAAAGUAUGGUCUACUCCUUGGUUACCUCAGAACAAUGAUACAUCUCAGCAACUGGAGACAAAUAUACACACAGGAUUUAACAGACUGCCAUCAUCGUGCUCUCUGAUCCAGAGACAGGAAGCUGAUAAGGAAAGAAGAGAAAUACAAACUUUUUCUUUUUUUGUUUUGUUUUGCUGUGACGCCAAACGAUGAACUGGAGGAUGGGGGAGGAGGAGAGAGGAGAGAGGGGGGAGGAUUCAAAUCUGCCUUUUUUGCUUUCUCCCUCUCAACACUGACGGACGUAUUUAAAGCUCAACUGUACAUAAACGUGAACACUUAAAACUCCUGUUUACAGUUCGACUGGUCAAAGAGCGACCUGAGUUAAUCACUGCCUGGCCAAUGUUUGUACCCCACACACACACACACACACACACACACACACACACACACACAAAAACACACACACACACACACACACAGAGCCUCCUCUUGUGGUGGUAUACUGUACCGACCGUUACGGUUCUAGCACCUGUAGCUCGGAGGACGGAGAGCACAGUAGCGAUUGCACAGUUUGUCUCAGGCACAGCAUGGUGAAGCACCAACCCUCAGUCAUUCCUCCUCUUAACGCCUCACCAGACGUAGCGUCACCUGGUGAGCCACAAACGAGGGACAGGAUGGACAAAAAAAAAUAAAAGGAAGGACGGAUCACACUGUACAGACAAGUGAGCGCUCUGAGGGGGAACACCAGAGCGGCCCGUCACCCUCAUGUUUUCCAGCAGACUGAAACUCACCUAUAACUGAUUUAUGAUCCUCAUCAAAAGGUACUCUGCCUCCUCAGUGUCGUCCAAUAGUGUUGUUCUGUUGUGGGAAUCUGAAGCACCAGUCUGAGCUUUUCACCGUUAGAGGAGCACACAUUAUUUGCACAAUUAGCGUUUUCUGAUCUUGCACAAUAUUUGCAAUAUUUGGGCGAUGUAUAUUAGAGGUCAUUUACGAUAGUUUAGCCACACAGGUGAAGGUCUUCCAACACGUUUGAAAAACUCUAGUCCUGUUCCAAUACAUGGAGGCAAUGUGAACCUUUUGUAGCUUGAAUUCACACCAUGCUCCAAAAAUGUCGUCUCUUCACUCUUCAGACUGAUUCUUUCUAUGUCCAUUUGUGAGAUUCUGACCGCUUGCCUCCAUGUUUUUUUUUAGUAUUAAACAUGACUAUAUUUUGUAACCACGCGAGAGUAAAAUCAGAUGAUAGAGGUGCCUCCAAUCAACCUGUCUUUAUCUUUGAUUUGAAUACAAGCGAGUGUAGCAGAUGAAAACUGUAAUAUAUAUAAAAAAGAAUAUCAUGACGCCCAGAGAGAGAGAGAGAGAGAGAGAGUGAUUUCCCUCCACACACAGGUCAGAGGUCAGGCUGCAGAGCGAUAAAGACGGCUGCUCUGGCUCCACGUUGUUGCUCACAGAAAACGUGUGCAGGGCAGAUGUUCUGAACCUGCAGCUUCCAUGUGUAGCACAGUUUGCUAACCAUCCCCAUCACUCUUUAAAUCCACGCCAUCGUCUCCACACGAUGAGCUCACUUUCUAUGUCGCCGCUCGAGGAGCAGACGGGAGGACUGCCCGGUUAUUGUUGUUUUCUCUUAUUCAAGCAUUUUCUAUCCUUACUGUGUAUGUGACCAAACAAGUUGAAUUAACAUAUUGUUUAUGAAAUAAAAUAUUUUAAAAUCAGA